CCGCCUGUGAUCUCACUAGCGACACACGCUCUCUACUUCAAUUCUUUACACAUUUCCAAAAUGUCUUACUACGCUAAUAACGAAUAUAUCAUCGCCACAAACAACUCGAUGAACGAGAACAAAUACAACAGUGAGAAGAUAAAGAGCAGUGGCCUAAAAGCCUUGCUGAGACCUUUGAUGAAGAUCAUCAAGAAGACAACCAAGCGCGUUCCCGCCAAAACUUAUGACACGUGCUACGAAGACGAGCAGAAUUCCAGCAACGAGUCCCUUGAGCGCAAAAUCUACGCUGAGAUGGAGGGGUGCCAGCCAGGCGCUGCCUUCCUCGUCUACAACGAAGAUGAGUCUUGCGACCUUGUUCCCGUCUCCAAGGACGACUUUUACGUACCUGUACACUUCGCUCGCACAGACGCCGGCACCUUCUUUUGGACCACCGUUUCCAAGCACGACGUUGACUUCGCUACGGCGCACUGCUACACCGAGUGCCAAACCGCGGAGCAGCAGCACCCCAUUUGCGACCGCUGGAUCCAAGCCUAAUUCUUCCAACUUAGACAACAAUCAGUGUCUUCCAGUGAAACCAGUGCUUGCUCCGUUGGUUUCUGCAACCGUCUGUGAUGUUAGAUUUAGUUUACAAUUCUAAGGUGCCAUAUUAGUGUUAGGUUAGAGCUAGGGCUUGCUCAAUACUCGUGAUAACUGAUAACUCCAUGAAAGCUUUAAUUGUAUUUCGAUUUUUCGAAUCGCGUUGUGAUAUUUUUGAAAUAUUGUAUUGUAAUUUAAAAGUUAGGUAUAGUGAGCUUAAUGUGAUCUUCCUUUAGUUGAGCUUUAAUUUUGUGUUAGGAUUAGUAAAUUAUGUAACUAUAAGAAACUUUUUCUCGUGUUGAAGAAAGUUGUUGAAAAAAUAAAACAUGGACUGAAAUAUAUUUUU